CCGCUAUCGUGGCUUCAUUUUGUCCAACAUUUCGAUCCCGCUCCCCCCGCCAUGAUUAAUUCGUCUCCUUUGUUGGGGUUGGCCUUGGUGCUGGCCACCAGUCCCCUGGCGAGCGCCGACAGCACCACAAUCAUCAACGCUGGCUCAAACUGGGGCACUUGGGAAGGUUGGGGCACGUCUCUGGCAUGGUGGGCCAAGCAGUUCGGCAACCGCGAUGACCUGGCCGAUGCCUUCUUCACCUUAAAGUCGACGACGGUGAAUUCGGAGACGCUGCCCGGGCUUGGCUUCAACAUUGUGCGUUACAACGCGGGCGCGUCGAGCUGGAACGCGGUCGGAGAUGAGAGGAUGGUCGAGUCCCCCAACAUCCGGCGGUCGCGCCAGAUGGAGGGGUUCUGGCUGGACUGGCACGACACGGACCCGACCUCAUCGAGCUGGGACUGGACCGUGGACGCGAACCAGAGGUCGGCGCUCCAGAAGGCGAUCGCGCGCGGGGCCAACAGGACGGAGCUCUUCUCCAACUCGCCCAUGUGGUGGAUGUGCAAGAACCACAACCCGUCCGGGUCCAGCGACGGCAGCGAGAACAUCCAGUCGUGGAACCUGGAGCAGCACGCCGUCUACAUGGCCAACGUUGCCAUGAUGUACCGGGACCGGUGGGGCAUCCGGUUCGAGAGCGUCGACCCGUUCAACGAGCCGUCGGCCAACUGGUGGAAGGCCGACGGGACGCAGGAGGGUUGUCAUAUCGACGUCUCGACCCAGGCCACCAUCGUGGGGCACCUGGCCAACCACCUGUCCCAGCGGGGGCUGUCGACCGUCAUUACGGCGUCGGAUGAGUCCUACUACGACCAGGCCCUCCACACGCUCCAGACGAUCGGCAGCAGCGCGCUCAGCCGCAUCAGCCGCAUCCACGUGCACGGGUACCAGUACGGGAGUGGCAACCGGGCGGGCCUGCGCGAGGCGGCGGCGGCGGCGGGGAAGCGGGUGUGGAACAGCGAGUAUGGCGACGGGGUGGCCUCGGGCGAGAACAUGGCGCGGUAUCUGCUGCAGGAUCUGCGGCAGCUCCGGCCGACCGCCUGGGUGUACUGGCAGGUGCUCGACGGCGGCGGCUGGGGCCUGCUGGACGCCGACAACGACGCGGGCCGGCUGGGAGGUCCCACGCAAAAGUACUUUGUGCUCGCCCAGUUCGCCCGGCACAUCCGGCCCGGCAUGCGCAUCCUCGACGGCGGCGCCGACAACGUGGUGGCCGCCUACGACGCCGCCGCCGCCAAGCUCAUAAUCGUCGCCGUCAAUUGGGAUGCCCCGCAGUACAUCAACUUUGACCUGUCGCGCUUCGCCGGGCGCCCUGCCGACGGCACCGCCGUGCCCCGCUGGAGCACCCAGAUCGGGAGCGGCGACCGCUAUGUCCACCACGAGGGCGACACCACCAUUAGCGGCACCAAGUUCUGGUCCUACUUUGAAAGGAACAUGGUGCAGACCUUUGAGGUCGCCGGAGUGCGACUGUAAAGUAUCAGCAGUAAUAAUAGUCAAAAUACCAAUCAUUGGAGAUAUACGCACCUUGUAGUGAAUUAAUUAUUAGUAAAUAAAGGCAA